GCAACUCUUGUGUUCCAUUGUGGGCAAGCUCUCCUUGACUCUCCUCCCGUCUGCGAUCGCCAAUUGGGUCAAAUUCUCGCAAUAUGGCUGAAAACACUAUGCAAGACCAGGACGUCAACCCCUGGUCCGUCGCCGGAGCUCGCGACGAGAGCGGCAAUGUUGCCUCUAUUGACUACGAGGCGCUUUCCAAAAAAUGGAACACCCAGCUUGUUGAUCAAGCGCUCCUUGACCGCUUCGAACGCGUAACCGGACACAAGCCGCACCGCUGGCUUCGGCGCGGUCUGUUUUUCAGUCACCGAGACUUCGAUAAGAUCCUCACGAAGAAGGAGAAGGGAGAGCCAUUCUUCCUCUAUACUGGUCGUGGUCCCAGUACUGGAAGCCUGCACUUGGGCCACACCAUUCCGCUCACCUUUACUAAAUGGCUGCAGGAUGUUUUCGAUGUGCCUCUCGUAUUCAUGCUUACAGAUGAUGAGAAGGCGCUGUUCAAGGACAACUUGAACUUCGAGGAGGUGUUGCACUACGCCAUGGAGAAUGCAAAGGACAUUAUUGCGCUUGGGUUCGACGUCAAGAAAACUUUCAUCUACAGCGAUCUGAAAUACGUUGGGGGCCACUUCCUCAUGAACGCCUGGGAGUUCUCGAAGCUGGUGACCUUCAAUCAAGUUCGCGGCGCCUUCGGCUUCAAUGAGAGCACCAACGUCGGUCGUAUUUUCUUCCCCUCCGUCCAAUGUGUGGCUGCUUUCGCCACCUCUUACCCCGAGAUAUGGUCCGACGAGCCCGCUACCGAGCGAACCAAGGAAAUUGCCGCUAUCCAGUGUUUGAUUCCUAUGGGUAUUGACCAGGAUCCUUACUUCCGUCUCCUCCGCGAUAAUGCACACAAGAUGCGCUACCCCUCGCCUAAGCCCGCUCUGAUUCACUCCAAGUUCCUCACAGCACUCCAGGGAGCUGGUGGAAAGAUGUCCUCCUCCGACCCUAACUCCGCCAUUUUCAUGUCAGACACCCCCAAGCAAAUCAAGACCAAAAUCAAUAAAUAUGCUUUCAGCGGCGGCCAGGUCAGCAUUGAGGACCACCGCCGACUGGGUGGAAACCCCGAUGUCGAUGUUUCUUACAUCUACCUAACAUACUUCGAGGAGGAAGAUGCCAAGCUAGAAGAGAUCUACAACAACUACAAGAGCGGCGCGCUCCUUACAGGCGAGCUGAAGGCCAUGGCUAUUAAGAAGCUGCAAGAAUAUGUCCAGGAAUUCCAGGAACGCAGGAAGUUGGUCACAGAUGAGGUUCUAGAGCAGUACAUGAAGCCAAGACGGCUACAGUGGGGAGACUCCAGCAAGACGGCUUCCACACAAAAUUAGACGUGCAUUAGCUAAUACCCUCGAGCUUAUACUCUUACUUCACGAAUACAUAAAUACAGCGUUGGCUUAUGAUCUUCCUCCUCACUGAAUCGUAUAAAGGAGUCGGUAUGAAUUCCGUCCAGCGCCAGAACUUGCUUUCGACGCACUCGAUCCCAGAAGUAAAAAUGAACGGACCAACUUCCACACCAUAUAACCUCGCAACUUGUUACCAUAUUACCUGAUCUGGGACAUGAAAAAAAAAAAUAGCACCCACAGUGUCGCUACAUCCGAGCUAUACUGACGACCAAGAUUGC